AUGGCUCUUCCCGCUAAAGUACCGGACCCACCUAUUGGGUCCACCACAACACUAGGUCAAGCCAAUAUAACCACUCCACAACCCUCUACUACUACCUCUACCACAACCAACACUAGGUCAUAUCUCGAUGUCGCCACAGCCACUCCCGCCCCCGGUCAAGUACCAGUCGUUCUUUUCUCUAACUUGCCGACAUCUACGGAUCGCGUCUGGCGCAAAAGUACAUCUUGUCAUUCGGUAUUCUUCACCCCACCAACUGAUUCCACCCUUACCUCUGAAUUCUGGACUGCUCUCAGAGCAAGCGUUCCUAUGGCAUGCACCUUGGGAAUAUCAUUCACUCAUCGUCAACUGCUCAUCCACGAAUUGCACCUGACUAAUUCUACCAUCUGCACCAAACUCUGUUCCAAAGGCUUCCUGGUUGGAGGCCAAACGUACUUCCCCUCUAUGGGUAUUGCCCCAGGCACAAAAAUCUUGCGUAUCUCCCUCUCCCAGCUUCCAUACCUUCCUUCCCCUAUGCUUGAAGAGGCUAUCAAAACAGCCUUGGCCGCAUAUGGCACCAUCCGCGAAGUCGGUUUGCAUCUUCGUGAUAAUUUUUUUGAUGGCACUGGUACCUGGAAACAGAUGGGUAUUCACUGUAAUUAUUGUAAAGUUAUGGGCCAUGCUAUCGAAAACUGUCCAGACCGCCCCAAAGAUUCCCGAUGCUGCUUCACUUGUGACCAGACUAGUCACUUGCAACAUGCCUGCCCCAGAGCACCCCCCACGGACGCCAGCUCUUCCAAGAGACCCCGCAAGGUUCCCACGACACAUGACUCCCCUGAUUGCUCACGCAAGACUACUCCCGGUGCGUCUCACAGACCUCCGGCCAAGAAAUCGAUUCCCCCUCGCGGUACACCUAUGAUGGCUGAGGGAUCCCAGGCUACUACCACCACCUCCCGCACGGAUUCCUCGACACCACGACGACCCUCUGUCCCCACUGUUCCUACUUCCCCCCGCCAGUCUGCCAACAGGUUUGCUGCACUUGACGGACUAACUGACAACAGCCGCACAGGCGCACUCUUCGACCCCACUCUGCCUCUUCCUCAGACACACAACACCCAGUAUGAUCCCGUCUUUCACCCCCUCCACAACGCUUUUCUUCCCUCCAACUACACUUCUGGCUCCACUAAAGACGAAGAAGAAUUUCACCCCAGCACUUUUGACGGCGACAACGACCAAGACUCCCAGAAUAUCCUAACUGAUGACGAGAUGGUAGACGGCGAUCAUUCUUAA